AUGGCUGAGGCAGACGAUCCUCUCGUUCAAGCGUUGCCUCCUGCGACCGAUUAUCUGACCUACUUGACGUUGCUCGAAUACCAAUUGACCCCCGCCCGUCUGCCUACCCUGCAUAAACUCCUCCAGGAUGAGGUGCUGACGACCAAUAUCGGCUGGGACCUGGUCCAGCUGCUCAUACCUAUGCUACCUCAGUCUUUGGACUGUCUGCAUGAUAUCGCUCGCCUGGGAAAUCCUAGAGAGGUGAUUCUACGGGUUUCGGAUGCCUUGAUGAAAUUGCAACCCGCCGAGGAUGAGAACGACGAGGUCGAACGAACAAAUGCGGACUCAGAAUCAUCUCACCAGCACGGGGAGUCAUCGCAAGAUGUGAUCAGCGAAUCGGAGCCCAAAUCGGACGACGAAGCGAAGCCCCUGCCUCGCCAUAUCCUACAAUUCAACGCGCUCGUUUCCAUGUUGUCGGUGUUGCACUCUCGCAUUCAGACCAAGUCACCCAGUCGAUUCCUGGCCACAUCUCUGCAAGCCUUGCUCGAAGCAUAUACACUGAUGCCCACGAGUGAAACUACAAUUGCUUUGUUGGAAUUCUUUCGGGAUGUGUCGCCUUCGAAACGGCCGGCCCCGCCACCCCGGGCAGCCAGUGAAUCCAGCGUGGUCCGCCUGUCUGAAGCUUCUGCGCCGGACCCGGAAGCUGAAGUUCAAUCGCCGUCUCCGGCUACUGACAACGAGGCGGUCUUGGUCCAGAGGUUCCUACAGUUCGGUCUGCUUGAAGUUCUAAAAUCGUACCUGCUCAGCUUUGCGGGCCCGCUUGACCCCGGAAUGUCAUGGACAAUCCGGUUGCAAGAGAAACUUCAUCCCGGAUUGCGAAUGGCCAGCCAACAGACGCAGACAGACAUCUUUGCCCAAAGCAAACGACUGAAGGAGCGAGACUUAAUCGUUGCCAAGAUCACGGCACUAUCUCGCGACUUCGGUAUUAGUGACAAGCAGCUGCUAGAAAUCGCCUUGAAAUCAUCCGACGACCAGCCCCCGCCACUGGAUUUCGAUGAGCCGCCUCGCAAAGCGGACGAGAUCCCUUUGGAAAGACAUGGUUCCCUAUUGCUCCUCGCAGCACGGGCAGCCUCGGCGGAAUUGUUCUCCUCCGGCCGAGUCACCCCGACUGCUGUCUUCCCGGACCUGGCGCGCAUUUUCCGCAACUUUGUUGGAGGAUACAACUCGCCUGACGAGGUGGCCUUUGGGCAACCACAAGUGCUACUCGACUCACUACUUGCUUUGACUGUCUUCUCCAUGCAGCAACCAAUCCAGCCACCAGCCGCAGAAAAAGAGUUCAUCGAUUUCGUGCUAUCCCUGACGGCAUGUACUGCCCGGCAAAACUACAGUUCGGUUCGACGAAUCCCGGGCACAGUUGUUCAGAGCAAUCCCUCGCAGAUCGCCCGCUUCAAACUAAUCCGAACAGUUCUAGAGGAUGAUCGAUUCCAGACUGUCAAAGACAGCGCCAUUGCCUGGCUGAAAGACGGAAUUUUGGAAGCAUCCAAAGCUUCAGAGACCGAUGUUCCGACUGAGUCAAGCAUAUUUCUUAACCCGCAUUAUUUCUCUGUGUUAUUUCCCUCACUUUUCAACUCAUCCGCCUUGCUUAUGAAUGUGUCAUCGGACCUUGUGGCAUCGUGGAUCAAGUUCUCGCAAACCUUGACACCAUCAAUCCAUGCGGCGCUCAGUUUGUACUACCUUGUCGUCUCGUCACCAAACCUACGCCGUCAAUUGCAGCUGGAAAAGACCUACAUAUACUUCCGCAACCGCUUUUUGGAGCCGCUCAAAUCCCUGUGCCAUGCAUUUGAGGCGGACCUCAAGGUCAACGGGGGUGAGGGCAAAAUCGAAGCUGCGGUGGGUGAGGACCUGAUGCAAAUCGGAAUGGCACGGUCGGUGGGCUUGGUUUCCCAUGCAUUGGAGCAGGUGGAAGAGGCGGUUGGGGAGGCGUUUGUGCUGAACAACUCGGAACUCCCUGAGCCCAGCGCUGAUGAUAUAGCUCGGGUGGAUAUGAUCCGAAAGGAAACCUCCCCUUAG